AUGGAAAUCCCUAAUGGAAAUUCAUUGAACACUGAGGAUGGUGACUCGGAGAGGUCUAUCUCGCCACGAGCGGAACGGCCCGAUAUCAGUGAACAAAACCAACAACAGACGUCGUUCAUGAACGUUGCCAGACGCACGAUUAAACGAAAAAACAGACCAAAGAAAGUCUCUCAGUCGCGAAUACAACGUUCUCGGUCGGAAAAAGUAAUGACGGCACGGAAUGUCGGGUUUCAUAACACCGAAGCGUUGUACGCGAUCACAACUCCUACUCCGUUCAUGGACACCGAAACCGUGGAACUAUUGGUGACGGUAACCAAAAACAAACUUAUGAAUGUCAUACGCAGAAAAGGCCCCGUUUACUUCUCUGAGCGGAUGAUAGCAAAANUCUCGGUCAGAAAAAGUAAUGACGGCCGGAAUGUCGGGUUUCAUAACACCGAAGCGUUGUACGCGAUCACAUCUCCUACUCCGUUCAUGGACACCGAAACCGUGGAACUUUUGGUGACGGUAACCAAAAACAAACUUAUGAAUGUCAUACGCAGAAAAGGCCCGGUUUCCAAAAUCACGCUGUACUUUUCUGAGCGGAUGAUAGCAAAACUAAAAAACCGUC